AUUGAGGUUUCUCAGCUGGAAGCAACAAUUAGUCAAUUAAGGGAAGAGGUCACAGAGAAAACUUCUAUCGUUGAGAAUUUGGAGAGAACGCUAGCCGAGAAGGAUGAAAAGGUAAAUGAAGCAGUAGAGUAACAGAUUGUCAUUGAUUACGAUGACAAGUUGAGUAAGUUAGAGACAACCAUGGAAUUACAGAGGACUUUAUUGAUCGAUCAGUUGAGUUCUGUCUCUAAAAUUCAUAACCAGACUUACCAUGUUAUUAAGAUCAUUGAUGCAAAUCAUUCUGAAGUGUCGGAAUCCUUGUUUCUUCCUCAAGUAACAGACAAUGAUGGACUUAUACGCGCCUCCUUGGCAGGGAUGGAAUCUAUAUAUGAAUUGAUUAGGAUUGUUGCCGAGAAAGCUAAGGAUGUGUUUGAAAAUAAGAAUAAUGAAAUCAGGACUUUGGAAGAUACAGCUACUCGAUUAGUUAGGGAGAAAGAUCAAAUUGGUUCUUUACUUAGAAGUGCUUUGUCGAAGAGGAUAACAUCUGAUCCAUCUUCCAGAAAAAAAGAGUUGUUCCUAGCUGCAGAAAAUGGUUUGAGGGAGGCUGGGAUAGAUUUCAAAUUUAGUAAGCUUCUUGGAGACGGAAGGGAUGCAGCUUCAAACGACAAGGCAAAUGUAACGGAAAAAGAAGAGGAUGACAUAUGCUCUUUGGCUGCUGCUUUGGAGAACGUUGUUAAGGCCUCUCAGCUUGAGAUUAUUGAUCUGCAGCAUGCUAGAGAUGAAUUAAGGACAGAGUUGAGUUUACUUAAGCAGCACGUCGAAGAUCAGGCCAAAGAGCUGAACCUUAGAAUGCAACGAAUAGAAGAACUUGAAGAGAAGGAGAAAGUUGCAAAUGAAAGUGUUGAGGGGUUAAUGAUUGACAUUGCUUCUGCUGAAGAAGAAAUUAAUAGAUGGAAGGUGGCAGCAGAGCAAGAAGCUGGCGCAGGAAGAGCUGUUGAACAAGAAUUUGCCACACAGCUGUCAGCAGUUAAGCAGGAACUUGAGGAGGCAAAGCAAUCCAUGCUGGAAUCGGAGAAAAAACUAAAAUUCAAAGAAGAGACGACAACUGCUGCAAUGGCAGCAAGGGAUGCAGCAGAGAAAUCUUUGAGGCUGGCAGACUUGAGGGCAUCACGGCUAAGGGAAAGAGUGGAGGAGCUUACACGUCAGCUCGAAGAGUUCGAGAGCAGGGAAGACUCAAGGAGCCGAAGUAGGCCUAGAUAUGUGUGCUGGCCAUGGCAGUGGCUUGGCAUGGACUUUGUAGGACCUCAUCGGCCUGAUGCACAACAAUUACAGGCUUCAAAUGAGAUGGAGCUCUCUGAACCUUUCUUAUAAUUGCACCAUUUGUUCUGCUUUUCUUAUUGUGAUUUCUUCAUUUUCACAUUUACCGAAAAUGUAGCUUGUAGCACCAAUCUCUUGAACAAUCUCUUUGGUGGAGCAAUGGUGGUAUUAAUGGGCCACCAUUAUACUGUACAGCCCGAGUAUCUGCUGGUUUUGACCUACCA